AUGGACGGCUUACCUGAGCAUCUCAUACACAAGAUUCUCUUCCGGAUAAAUCCAAGAUCUCUGGUGAAUGGUGAUGAUGCGUUGCACAGGUACCUUAACUCUCAUAUCCAAGACCCGUAUUUCAUAUCUAAUUACUUCCCACCCGGUUUGCUUCAAAUCUCUUCUCAUGGCUCCAAUUUGCUCUCUUACCAGCGUUACGGCGAUUCUAGGUCACGCAUAGGAGUCAAAAACACCUCAACGGAGUGUCAGAUUUUGGGCUCUUGCUCUGGCCUUCUUCUACUCUUCAUUGGUGAUGGCCUAUGCGUUGCGAAUCCCCUCACGAAGAAGUUUCGAUUCUUAAACCUAUCUAGGUUAAUGGAUGUCCUUGGUGAGAACACAAAGCACGUCGGGUUCGCCGUCAAUCAAACCACCCCGAGUUUCGAAAUCGUCCACUUAUUUGAGGCGAAAAAACUCAACGAAACGAGUUAUGAGUUCGAGAUUUACGCCGGAGGAGGAGAUUCGUGGAGAGAUUCGAAAACGAAGAUUACUUGCCAAUCAAGCGACCUCGAUAACCGAAUGAAAAACCCUGUUUACUUGGACGGAUCUCUUCACUGGCUACGUAAGGACGGAGGCAUAGUAGCUUUCAACCCCAAAACACAUGAAGCACGACUGGUUCCGACCAAACUCCCCGAUGAAUUGAGUUUGACAGCGUUAUUCACCGCCAGCGAUAAUAAGUUAACUUUGGUAUCGCCGACGAAGGAGAUAACUAACGUUUACGCCCUCCAGGAUAUUAAAAGUGAUCCCAAGUGGGUCUUGGUGACGCGGAUCCAGAACAUGGUGUUGGACGUAAAAAGGCCUGUGAACGUAGAGGCUUACGACGGGAGGCGUUUAGUGUUGAGGGAGGUUAGGAAAAAGAAGGGCGUUUACGACACAGUGUUACAUGUGUACGACUUGAGUGCUGACAAGUGGGAAGUCAUGGGUUCGAUUCCAGGGUGGUGUAAUUCAUAUCGAGAUAUUAUUCAGUUUCAACCGUCGUGGUCUUCUGUCGUAGGACUUGAUGAGACAGUGGCUAACUGUGAUGAUGAUAAAAGCAUCUCCUCUUUAAGGUCGAUUAUAGGACUAAUUGAUGAAGAAGUGGGUAGAAAAAGAACUGCUGAAGUAGAAGAAGAAGAAGAAAAUAAACAAUUUUCGUCUAAGAAGAUUAAGUUGAUGGAGAAAGAAGCAACAGAAGAAGAAGAGUCGCGUCUACAAUUUUUUCGUAUAACACGUGAAGGUGAACAUGUAUAUUUUGAUUAA